AUGAUGAAGAAGAAAAAGGACAAGAAACAUAAAAAGGGUAAGAAGCACAAAAAAACACAAGAAGGACAAGGUGUGGCUGUAGCCACUGCAGCUCCUGCAACCUCUGCAGCUGUGUCUGCUGCCGCAACCACAUCAGCACAGGAAGAGCCUGUGGCAGACCCAGAGCCCGGGAAGGAGACUGAAAGAGAAGCUGAAAACAACCUUGAUGACUUAGAGAGAGACCCAGUGAGCAUUAAAUAUGGUGACAACUUUUGUCACGCUUGCCUCAAUUUUUCCUGGAAAGAUCAAAGGGGCAUCUACCCCUGCCCUAUCUGCCCCUCUUAUUUCCCACAGAAACACUUCAGCAAGAACUUCCAGAUCUGUAACUUCACUGAUCCCAUGAAGCAACUGUAGAAGAGGGCCCAGAGCAGAGAGAGGAGGUCUGAAAGGCGUGCUGUGUGUCAGAGGCACAAUCAGCCUCUGACCCUUUUCUGUAUGGAGGAUCUAAACAUCUUAUGUAUCCAGUGAAAAUUGUUUGACAAACACAGGAUGCUUUGUCUUGAUUGGAAAGCUGCCCCUCGUCAUAGGAGAAUUCUAGAAGACAGCAUGAGGCCUUUGGAGUGUAAGCUGAAACAAGCUGAACCAGCACUGGUCCUGCAGCACAGAAGAGCUCUUGAACUGAGGAGCAUGUUUGGAUACAAAAAACAAGAGGUACGUUUUGAAUUUGAGCAACUCCAACUGUUUAUGCAGAAUAAGCAUGAGGCACUGCUAAAUGACAUGUACACUGAGGAGCUGGUGGAUUGACCAAAGCUGCAGGGAUAUCUUGGGACCCUGUCAGACCAUGUACACACAUUAGAAGAUUUGUUGGAGGAAGCAGAGUCACAUGUCACACUCCAAACAAGCGCUCCAAGAGUCUGCCACAGAUUUGAAAACCUGAGAUGCAGCCUGAGCUCUGGGCCCCUGCCAGAGAUCAGCCUAUCUCUGACAAAGUAAUAUGGUCUCGUUCUCCUGCCACAGUAUUUUGGUUUGGAGAGAGUCAUUGAGCGAUUUCAAAUAGAUGUGAUGUUUGAUCUUGACACAGCACACCCUCAGCUUGUUAUUUCUGAGGACAGAAAAUAUAUGCUUUAUAAAGAGGCAGGAAGUGUCUGUGCUCGCCCUGGGAGAUUUCCCCUCUGGCCUGCUCUUCUAGGAUGUAAAGGAUUUCAUUCGGGUCAUUGUUACUGGGAGGUAAAAGUGGGAAACAAGCCACAUUGUGUGUGUCAAGACAGCCUUCCUGGGGACUGGAGUGAGCAGCCCUCAGUUGCUGGGGGCUUCUGGGCAGGAGGGAGAAACAGUGAGAGCAGCUAUGUCACCUACAGGCAAAGAACUAAGGUUCUGCCAGUUGCAGCCAGCAAGAUCGAUUUUUUGGAUUAUGAAUUGAGUGAUCUCUUCUUCUGUAAAAUGAAUGACAUUUCUCCCCUCUACACUUUCAGUAAUCCCUUUGCCACCACAAUUUGGCCUUAUUUCUGCACAGGAACAGAUUCUGAACCUCUUAAAAUAUUACCCACACUACAUCUGCAUAACAGAAACUACAGGUCUUAG